UGGCCUCCCAAUAAGCUAGGAUUACAGGCAUGAGCCACUUCGUCCAGCCUACCCUCUCAAUAUUUUAGGGAGAUUCUGGUUUUCCUUCCAGGGAGUAUUCAUUUGCCAAUGAGUUUGUGUUGCUACAAAGUUUUCUGCUAAAAUUCAAGACGUUGUUUAUCAACUUAAUAAGCACAAGCAUGUUACCAAAGGCAAAUAGGAUUUUACCCUUAAAUGAUUUAGUACAUAUUAUUAUUUCACUUAAAAAACACCCUAAUAUGUCUAUUUCCACAUAGGUAAAUUAUGACAAAGAUGAUAUUGAUGAAGAGAGGAACUAUUUCUGUGUCAAAACCAGCCCCAAACUUACUGGUGUGAAAAAGGCAAAACAACCACAUUUUUUUUUUUUUUUUAUAGAUCUGUGGGUUGGCUGGGCAAUUUGGUAGGCGUCUCUGGGACUCACUCAGGCUUACUAAUGCCUUGAAUUCAGAUGAUGGCUGGAUGUCCAGAAUGGCCCAACCCGCCUAUUGGACUGCUUAUGUCGCUGUCAGCCGCAAUUCCUUGGUUCUUUUCCAUGUGGCCUUUCAUCCUCUGUGAGGCUAGAAUUAUGGCCUGGCAGUCUCAGGGCAGGACUCAGUGAUAACCAAGUCUGCUGCAAAGGCACUCGUUAAACGGCUGCUUGCUUCACUUUCGUCAACGUGAUGUUGGCCCAAGACAAGUCAUAUGGCCAAGCUGAGAGUCAUGUGAGAGUGAGUUUAGGUACCAUUUCUUCAUGGGAGGAAUGAUAAGGGGUUUGGGCUGAUUUGGCUGUUGUUUAUCUGCAGUGUAAGUUUCCCCACUCUUCUUCUAAAAACCUAUUCUUUUUCUUUUGUAAAUGAAUUAUCAUCCCAAAUUGGAAAAGUAUUGCCUGGCCCCUGAUUCUGGCAUGGCUGACAUGGAGUAGUAAUUGAUAGAAAUAUAACGUGGGAUAGGAUUUAUUCUCUCCAUACUUCUGAACCAAUGAACAGAAAAUGGGAAACAAAACUGAAGCAAAUUGAAGAACGAGCAUCUCAGUAUGAGAGGAAACCAUUGUCCUCAGUGUAUAGGCCAAGAUUGUCCAAGCCAGAAGAACCACCCUCCAUUUGGAAACUAUUUCAUCGACAAACUCAAGCUUUUAAUUUUGUUAAAAGCUGUAAAGAGGAUGUUCAUGUAUUUGCCUUGGAAUGCAAAGUGGGAGAUGGACAGCGUAUUUACCUUGUGACAACCUAUGCUGAACUUUGGUUUUACUAUAAAUCCAGAAAAAAUCUCUUACACUGCUAUGAAGUUAUUCCUGAAAAUGCUGUGUGCAAGCUUUAUUUUGAUUUGGAAUUUAACAAACCUGCCAAUCCAGGAGCUGAUGGGAAAAAGAUGGUUGCAUUACUCAUUGAGUAUGUGUGUAAAGCGCUUCAAGAAUUAUACAGUGUUAAUUGCUCAGCUGAAGAUGUUUUGAACUUGGAUUCUAGUACUGAUGAAAAAUUCAGCCGGCAUUUAAUAUUUCAGCUCCGUGAUGUGGCAUUUAAAGAUAACAUUCAUGUUGGUAAUUUUUUGAGAAAGAUUUUGCAGCCUGCUUUUUACUUGCUUGGCGGGGAAGAUGCUGAUAGCGCUCCGGAGACGAGAGGCCACGGAUUUCCCCACUUCUGUGAAGCAUCUACAAAACCAGGAUUUUCUUUUAACGAAAUGUUCGCAGAAAAGGCUGUAGAAGAAAGCUGGACAUUGAAUUCAAAGAAACUGGAGGGUCUAGGGUCAGCUGAGCAAGCCAGGCCUGGCCUUUCAUUUCUAGUUGUGAAGAAUAACAUGGGAGAGAAGCAUCUUUUCGUAGAUCUAGGAGUUUAUACAAGAAAUAGAAACUUUCGGCUGUAUAAAUCAUCAAAAAUAGGAAAGUGUGUGGCUUUGGAGGUUGCUGAGGAAAACAGAUUUUUUCCCAUACAGUCGGAAAACGUUUCAGAAGAAUAUCAGUAUUUUCUUUCUUCUUUGGUCAGCAAUGUCAGGUUCUCAGAUACUUUACGAAUUCUUACAUGUGACCCAUCUCAGAAUAAACAAAAAGGAGUUGGAUAUUUUAACAGUAUCAGCACUUCAGUAGAAACCAUUGAAGGUUUUCAGUGUUCACCCUAUCCUGAAGUUGAUCAUUUUGUUCUUUCUUUGGUGAAUAAAGAUGGCAUUAAAGGAGGAAUUCGGCGUUGGAACUACUUUUUCCCAGAAGAAUUAUUGGUUUAUGAUAUUUGUAAAUAUCGUUGGUGUGAAAACAUCGGAAGACCCCAUAAGAGUAAUAAUAUCAUGAUUCUGGUUGAUCUGAAAAACGAAGUUUGGUAUCAAAAAUGUCAUGACCCCGUAUGUAAAGCAGAAAACUUCAAAUCUGACUGUUUCCCAUUACCUGCUGAAGUAUGUCUCCUGUUUCUUUUCAAAGAGGAAGAAGAGCUUACAACAGAUGAAACUAGGAGCAGUGAAACCCAGAAUCCUCAUAAGCCAUCACCUAGCAAGCUGUCAACAGGUGCAUCUGCUGACACAGACUGGAAUAAUGGCAUUGAUGAUGCUUAUUUUUUAGAAGCUACUGAAGAUGCUGAAUUAGCUGAAGCGGCAGAGAACAGUCUUCUGAGUUACAAUAGUGAAGUGGAUGAAAUUCCUGAUGAACUAAUUAUAGAAGUAUUACAAGAGUAGCUAAUUCACUGUGGACACUUGUCACCAGGCUAUAAUUUGCCUGAUGUCUAUCAGAUUUGAUAAAUAUAUUGUUAAACCUGUUUACAUAAACUAAGUUUUAUCACUGUUU